CUCCCAUAGUUCACAGCGCGCUUCAGCUGGUCAGCCAUUUUCUGCAGUUAACUUACGUGAAGAGCGGAAGUCUUCGAGGAAGAAUAUCUUCAUUUUCACGCUUUUGCCAAUCAUAUAAUAUUCUAAAAAUGAGUGAUGUCGAGGAGCCACAAUUCCAGGCGAGGGUUAUUGGUCGUGAAGGAUUUGAAGAGUUAAGGCCAAGAAUGUGGAAGAAUGUUCAAGAUAAAAGAAGGCUUUUACAGAGAAAAUGUUUACAGAGCAGACGGUUAAGUGGGAAGGGGAGAAAAGAACGGAAGAUCGGUCAGAUAGAAGCACGCUCGCGUUAUGUGUCUAAAGCAGAAAAAAGAAAAGAGGUUUCAGAUUGGGGUGAAGAAAUGAAAAGGAGAGGAAAAAUGAAAACUGAACAAAUGAAGACCGAAGAAUAAAAUGCCUGAGAGAAAGGAAAUAGCGUAUUCUGAAAACAGAAGAAUGAAUAAGUCCGUAGGUUAAGUAAAUGCAGAAUUUGUGUUCCAAGUGUCUUUCUAAUCUCUUCUUGAUGAUCAUUUGCAUGUUUGUCGCUUUAUUGUGGUGAUUUGGCUAAAGAACAAGCAUCACAAGGACCUGUGAUGACUUUGUAGCCUUUGUAAAUCUAUUGAUCAUAAUGCUAUUAACUUUUGUUGUUUUUAUUCCAUGAUAUAAUUUAAGUAAUUCUAACACUUUCCUCCACAGCUUUGAUAAAGUGAAUGUUUGGAUUUCUGCAAUUAUGUAUGUGGUGUGAGUGUGUAAGUUUGCUUGCUUUGUGAACCUUCCUCUUGUAAAUGUUGUAACACAUUGCUGUGACGUUAGGAAUCCCGCUCGCCAUCCAAAUCGGAGCGGGGCAGUCCUGCCCAACCCAAGAUGGAGAGCAGGUCUGGUUCUCCCAGCCCUACCCGACCAUCCAAACGUUCUGAAUCCAGAUCCCGCUCCAAGUCAAGGUCUCACUCUCGGAGGCAUUCGAAUCGCCGCUACAGCCGCUCUCGGUCUCACUCCCACCGGAAGAAGUCUCGUUCUCACUCCAACAGCCCUGACUACCGCCGCAGACGGAGCCAGAGCACAUCGCCCAUGUCUAACCGCCGCAGACACACUGGCAGUCGGAGCUCAUACAGCCAUGACUCCAAAAAAGACUCUCACAGUCAUGGUGACGCCAGGGCCAAUCCAGACCCGAACACGUGUCUGGGUGUGUUUGGUCUCAGUCUGUACACAACAGAGCGAGACCUGAGAGAGGUCUUCUCACGUCACGGCCCUUUGGCCGGUGUCAAUGUUGUCUACGACCAGCGAACGGGACGCUCUCGCGGUUUUGCCUUCGUUUACUUUGAGCACAUCGCCGAUGCCAAAGAGGCAAUGGAGCGGGCUAAUGGCAUGGAGCUGGAUGGAAGGCGCAUCAGGGUGGAUUAUUCCAUCACUAAACGUGCACACACCCCCACACCAGGCAUCUACAUGGGUCGGCCCACACAUAAUGGAGGUGGGAGCAGCAGCAGCAGCGGUGGUGGCGGCGGCGGCGGUGGUCGGAGAAGAGACUCGUAUUACGACCGUGGCUACGACAGAUACGACCGUUAUGAUGAGUAUGACUACAGAUACAGCAGGAGGCGCUCUCCGUCACCUUAUUACAGCCGGUACAGGUCUCGCUCAAGAUCUCGCUCAUACAGCCCACGAAGAUACUAAGACGAUCCUGAAGACUUCUUUCUUUUUGCCUGUUUGCAUCGAGCUAUACAUUUAUAAAGACAUGUAAACUCAUUGUACUAGAGAAAGAUUUGUCUUUAUUUGUAGACUUCCCAGUAUGUAAGGUUUGUGGAGAUCAUAAAUACUGUCAUUAUGGGGUUUUAUGAGUUGUUUUUUGUAGUGUGCUUGUAAGGUGUGAUGAGUUUUCCUAUAUACUGGGCAUCUUUUAGUGGGGAUGUAUGUGAUUCCAAGAGAGAGUGAGUGUGUGUGGGAGUUGCUGUACAUCUGUGAGGCAGAGCAUCAUAUAGAAAGCAGGCUUGGAUUGCCUCAUCUGUGACGAAAUACUUUUAUUUUCAGGAUUGUGUUGCUUUGUGUCUUUCUUAAGAAAUAAAGACCUCAAAAUAAA